AUGUUUAAAUUAGCGAAAACUAGCAUAUUUCUAACGAAACUCCGCGCUAAUGUCGCCCAAAAAACGAUCAGAACGUUUCUAUCGCAAGCGUACUAUUGCCAAGAAGUGUGGGAUCGCCGAUUGAAUUCCUCGAUAUUUCGCCAAAUAAACCUCGAAGAGUUUUUCUACGAGAUGGACCAGAGGCACAACAAAACGAGAGAAUUAAGCGCAGUCGAUGUGGAUAUAUUCGCGAACGCGGUCACCGACGAUAAGUACAUAGACGAAUUGCUGGAUAUCGUACACAAGCUAAGACUAUCGGCCGACAGUUGCAACGCUUUGAAUUCCACCGGACACGCCGUAAUCAGAACUCUAAUGAAACACACCACUCUCGAGAAUCUAACGAACAUCCUAGACGACAGGCUGAACUACGGAGUGUUCUUGGACUACUACACGGCGAAUCUGUUGCUCGACACUUGCUGGAAGAAGAAGGAUUUCACGUCGGGAGCGCGGAUCGCCGGCCAGCUGAUGCUCCAAGAGGAAUUCGACCACCCCGUCAGCUACAAUUUGGGCCUGUUGCAUUGCUACAAGUAUUUAUUGAAGCCCGAAGGUUGGCCGGUGUACCCCACGCCCGAGGAACCCGAAGACGAGGUUAAAGUGAGAGUACGAUUCGUUCGAAACCCCUACGAUGAUCAGCAUUUCGAUUUGAGGGAUCCUAAUAAGAUUGUGGGCAAAACUCUGGCCAUGUUUACUAAUAAUAAAGACGAUCCGUUGAGUAAAUCCUUCAAUAUACUCGGCAAUACACUGUUCGAUAAACUGGAUAAAGUCGAAUCGAGCGUUGAAGACUGCAAAAAUAAAAACGUAAAACUUCACAAAGAAAUCUUAGAUUUAGUACCGAACGAAAGCGAAGCUAAAAAAAUUCUUACAACAGCCGAUAUCGAACAAUCAACGAACAUAGAAGAUGUAUUAGAAAAAAAUUGCAAAGAUGCUGUUAAUGCCACUUCGGAAAGGGACAUAGCGGAUCAAUGCAAGCUGUUCGUCCAGUGGGAAGAGGACCGGCACGAGGCGUUGGAAGUUCAGAAGAAGAGACUGGAUAAAAUCAGGAGGCUCAAAGAGAUCGAAGCCAUACGGGAGAGUCUCAAAGAAAAGGAAACCCGAUUGUGGUACUUCGAUAACGAAGAGAACAUCAAAUUGGCACUCGAAGAGCACGAAUUGUCCGUUCCACAAGAAGAUUCGUCUGCGAAAGUCGACGCCGAGGACGUUUAUGUACCACCUGAAGUGCACAAAAAACAAAAAUACUAA